AAACCAGAUGUGCAAAGCGUGCCACAACCGACGCCUAAUGGUAUUCAGCUUGUCGAAGACAAGGCUAAAGAAACUGGUGAUUGGGCUCAGAGGGAACAAGAGCUUCUGAAGAAGAUUGAAGAAUGAAAGGUCAAAAGCGAAAGGACAGAAGACGGAUUUAAACUAGAAUUAAAGGUCCGUGAAGAAGAGAUCGACCUUCUCAAAGCGAGGGUCAAGAACUUGGAGACGGAACUUCAGGCUGCUUUAUCAAAACCUACCGGCAAGAACCAUGAGAUGAUUGAAAAUAUUAAACAGCAACACGAAGAGUUGCUAAGCAAGGCUCGUGGAAUGAUCUUCGAUAAGACUAAGAUGGUGAAGAAUCAGGAACUGCAGAUUGAAGCUCUGACCACGCAAGUGCAGUCACUCAAGGACAUCAACGUGAUCACUAAAGAUCUGCUGGAAAUUAGGAACUCUGAAGUCAAAGCUAUGGAGGAUCGUCUCCAAGCGAUGGAAGCUCGCUUCAAGGCGGAGAAGGACAGGUACGGGCUCGUGCUGCAGCGAGCGCAGACCAGCACCACACUCAACGAUGACUUGAAGAAGGAGUAUGAAACACAACUCGCCAUCUUUAAGGAAUUGAGACAGAAGUACGAACAGCGAGUGCAAGCAUUGGUCGCAGAAAACGCCAAGCUUAAAGAGUUAGCGGAUUACAAAGCAAAGAACAACACCGCCGCGGGGGCCGGCACCUCGGGGUGAAGCCGCAGUCUGUCGCAGUAUCAGCCAUACCGAAUAUCAAAUCAUCCAUAUCAUCAUAACAAACUUCAUUAACUCGCAUUUUAUAGCUGUAAUCUGAAUUCGAUUUAAACCUAUUUUAAUUUAAACUCCUUUUACUAUCGAUAAAGUAUUCUUUAUCAUCUUUUGCCCUUGCAAAGAUUAUCAAUUUUUUUACGUGAAAAGUUUAUCGAUCAUGUUUCACAAUAACAUCUACAGAUGCUUUGUAAACACGAUGUGUUAGAUUCUCUACAUUAUUUUCCUCAUUUUGAACCUAUUAAGCGGAAGGUACUUAAUUUUCUCUGAUGGAGGGUAGAGGCUAUGAACGCUAUCUGCAAUCAAUAUGAUAUUUAAAGCAACACUUAUUUGGUUAUAAUCGUGUGAGUAAAUGCCAAUACAUAUGUAGUGCGCUGUCUUACUUCCUCACUACAACAUCUCCGAAGUUAUCGAAUAUACUGGUAUCAUUCGGGGACUCACUCUAUUUGUAUCCCAAACGGUCCUAACCUGUUGGUUGUAAACCAUUUAAAUUUAUUUUUGUUGUAGAUCAUGCAUUGUCCGUUGUGUUGUUUUUUUAUUGUUUUUUCUUUACUGUGGCGAGUGGCUUUUCUAGUCGUUUAUAAUAAAGGAAGGUUAACACUUUUAAUUAAGCCUUUUUAUACAGUUUUGUUUUAUUACUCUGAUGUAAAGGACGUAUGGUACGCGAGUUAUUCAUAUUUGUAUUUUUAAUGUACGAGUAUCUGGUCGUAAAUACACAUAAAUGAUAUGUCCGAAGCUACGUUAACAUGUAUUUGAACUUUAAGCUUAAUUUGACUUAACAAAUCAGUAUGAGAUUUUCUUCUAUCAAUAAAGUAUUUUUUUAUUUUCAUAUUACUUUAAACUACCUUUUGAGUAAAACUAGGGUUUUGUGGAAGCACGACUCUACAAAUCGUAAAGUUUUCUCGAUUUUAAUGGAACGUCUUGUUAUGAUCAAAAAUAAAGGGUCGAGUUUUCAAUUUCCAGAUAACUUUUAUCAGCCGAAUAUUUGACGAUUUUGUUUAAAAAUUUGUCAAACCGCCAUAUUAAUUUCUCAGAGAACAGGACGUUGUUGAUUGAACAAUUGGCCCUUAGCACAACUUUUUGUCAUUUGAAGUUCCAAUCAGUUGACCCCAGAACAUAAGUCGACAAAAGAAUAGUAAAUAUGUCGCUUAAUGAGCGCCAUUCAUGAGUUAAGAACACUUGCUUCUUACGACAUUGGCUGCCAUUACCAUCACAAGCAAUCCUAACUAAAUUAUCUGCUUCUGGACUUGUCAUUUGAUGAAUAAUAUCUCGGCCAAGGACACAAUCAUUAUGCCAUUAAGUUUUUUUUAUUGUAUUCUAUUAAAUCUAUGGUUCAUAAACUUUUUUAUUAAUGAUAUCAAGUGCCAUAAACAAAGUGUUGGCACAUAAAGACUGUUUCGAAAGCUUGGCGCAUUUUUCAUACAUUUUUGUAAGUUUAUAGUAUGCAUAUUAUGUAUGAUUAAAAAGUAGCUACGUAUAAUAUUUGUAAUAAACAAAUUGAAUUAAUUGUAC